AUGCCUGACGAGAAAGAAGCAGACCCUGAUGUUCUAGCGAGACGUCUGAAGCUUAAAGCGUUUGACGAUCUCUCUACGUCAAUGUGGACCUUCAUAGAAACAGAAGAAAGAAAAAAAUCGACCACAGAAAAAAAACGAUCGAAGAAAAUGUUGCAGACUUUUGCAAAAAGAAAGUGCAAGACGAGGACAGCCGAUAUUUGCAAAAAUCAGUCAGUGAAGUUCUGGGAAGACAUACCAUGGAGUCUCUCAUUCUAUCAGUCGAGCAUCCUUUCUAGUUUUGGAAUAGAAAUAGCCGAAGGAAUUGUUAGAUAUGGCCCUAUCUAG